AUGACUCGUCAAUUUGCCAUGUCCAUUCAUAUUACAUUACAAGCAAACCAAGCCUUUUCCUUUCACGUAAUUCUUCUCAUGUUCAGACUUCAAACUUUGAAAGCAAAACCAAAAGAAGAAAACUUUAAUGUUCAGCUGAGUGAGAGAAAAAUAGUUGAUGUUAAUAGCGAUGUUAUAGCAUCAUUAUGUUCGCGGAGAAUUCUCGCGCUAGGAGCUCUAAACUACUAA